AUGCCACCCAGAUCCAAAAAAAGAAAGACUAGCAGUAAUGGUACUACUGCUACUGCUGUCACUAGUGAAUCUACUGAAAUUGAUGAACUAAGAAACGAACUUAAAUUAUUACGCGAAGAAAUACAUAAAUUAUCAAACAAGACAAACUCCCAUACCAAAGAACCUAGAGGAAUAUUCUUAUUACCUGAUGAAAUAUUACUGAUCGUACUUGAAUAUGUUAAUCAGAUGGAUACUUUCCAUCUAGCGUUGACUCAUAGAAACUUUGAGAAAGUUUGUAGAGCAAAAUUGUUCAAAUCGAUUUAUGUCUAUCAAGAAACUGAUCCGAAAAUAAGUAUAAACAUUCCUAAAAAGCUCUAUACAGCAUUUUAUAUGAAGUAUACAAUAAUUGGACAUAACAGCUUUCUUAAAAUGAUUUCAAGUAUCUAUUAUAAAGCAGAACUCACGAAAGAAGUAAUGUUCAGUAACCCAGGUUUCGUCUCAGUAAAUUGUUUGGAUUUCAUUAAAAAGUCAAAUCCAAAAUGUGCUAUUGUGAUUGGUGACAUGUCAUAUCAUCAUACCAAUGCAUGGAUGAUAACGCAACAAAAUACCACAACUUCCAAAUAUCAUUGGUUAAGUAUCCAGCUGGAAGAUGACUUUCCUGAGGAAUUUACGUCCUCUGUGAAACAUUUGGUCGUGGAGGAUUUGGAAUUAUGUCCCAACAUUAGCACAAAAUUCAAACUGUUGGAAAGUAUUAAAAUCAAGCAACAUAUCGGGUUUGCGAAUCCUCCUCCCAUGCAAACGAUUGUCUGUCCGAUUGUCCAUAUACCCUCUCCGGAUUUUUUACGGUAUUUUGAUAUUCGGAUAAUUACUCAAUUGCUGAUAAUUCGAACAUCUACAACAGCACUCGAUCAAGGAUAUAUUGCCAAUGCUUCUGGUUUCACGUCACUUAAAGUAUUGCACAUUGACAUGGAAAGAGAACCUAUGACAACGUUCCUCAAUCACUUACCCAAACAUAGCUUGACUGAAAUUCAUUUUGGUGCUGAUAUCUACCAAUGCACUGCUCCAGCAUUCGAAAGAGCAAUUGAUCGACAUCGAGAUUCUUUAAAGGUUUUGGGCUUCUCCUCACUGGAAGAACUUGGAUAUAGAAGAGGAUGUCUGUAUUGGAAGAAAUAUUUCGAGUUUCGUACUGAGAACAACUUUUUAAGGGGUUUCAAACAUGUAUUAUCCAUUGAUCCAAUCAAUUAUCCUAUGUUGGAGAAGAUCGUAGGAUCCAGACAAGUUUUAAUUGUUGAUAGACUUCCAUACCCACUUCGUUUGGUUCCGCUUGAAUUUUUCAAUGACAAAGAUAAUAAACAAAGCAAGACAAGAUCAACUAAGUCUAAUGGUGGUGGUACAACCGAUGGCAAGGAACCAGUUGAAACAUGA